AUGACCCUACUUGACGACAAGCAAGCUAUCGCCCGUCGCCAGGCGCAGGCGCAGGCCCAUGCACAGACACGGCAGCAGAACCGGGACUCGCUGAGAGCCCAGGGCAGCAUCUCGCAGGAGUCCCUCAUCACCGACGGCUUCGUCAUGCCCAACCUGGAUGUGCCUAGUGAGGCCCCGCCGGCCUACGGCGACCAGGUCGAUAAGGUCACCUUUUCGCAGCCCGGCUUUCAGGCCGGCGCCGCUGUGGCAGGCGAUGGCCGUGUCAACAUCAAUAUCAGCACCAAGAACCGCCGUCUCGCCGAGCUGCUCGCACCCGUUGUCGACAGGCAGGUUUCCGUCGCUGAGACCCAGGAGCCGCUUCCGCCGGCCUACAUCCCGCCAACACUCGGCGGCCUGCCCGGCCAGACGCCGCCGCCGGCGCUCAACAUCGUCAUCCAGAUCGUCGGCUCGCGCGGCGACGUGCAGCCUUUUGUCGCCCUCGGCAAGACGCUGCGCGAUUCCUACGGCCACCGCGUGCGCAUCGCUACCCACGCCACCUUCCAAAAGUUUGUCGAGGACAGCGGCCUCGAGUUCUUCAACAUCGGCGGCGACCCCGCCGAGCUCAUGGCCUUCAUGGUCAAGAACCCCGGCCUCAUGCCCGGCUUCGACGCCCUCAAGAGCGGCGAGGUCAGUAAGCGCCGCCGCGGAAUCGAGGAGAUCCUCAUGGGCUGCUGGCGCUCCUGCAUCGAGGCCGGCAACGGCCUCGGCCCGCCGCCAAAGCCGCACGCGCGCCACGCGCCGGCUAGCUUCGACGCUGGUGAGGUGCCGGGAAACCCGGCGGACCUCCCCUUUGUGGCCGAUGCCAUCAUCGCGAACCCGCCAAGCUUCGCACACAUCCACAUUGCAGAGAAGAUGGGCAUCCCGCUGCACAUGAUGUUCACCAUGCCUUGGACGCCAACGCGGGCCUUUCAACACCCGCUCGCGAAUAUUCAAUCUAGCAACCUCGACGAUACACUGACCAACAACUUGACUUAUACGCUUGUCGAAAUCAUGACGUGGCAAGGCCUCGGCGACGUCAUCAACCGAUUUCGUGAAAAGGCCCUGGAGCUACCAGAGCUGUCACCGCUAUGGGCGCCUGGCCUGCUGACACGGCUCAGGAUAUCGUACACGUACUGCUGGUCACCGGCCCUCAUCCCCAAACCCAAUGAUUGGGGCAACAACAUUGACGUGUCUGGAUUCUACUUUCUCGACCUUGCGUCUUCUUACACGCCGGAUCCUGAGCUCGACGCCUUCCUCAAUGCUGGUCCGCCGCCAGUCUACAUUGGCUUUGGGUCCAUUGUUGUCGACGACCCCAACGCCAUGACGCGCAUGAUUUUUGACGCCAUCCACCUUGCCGGAAUCCGUGCCCUCGUCUCCAAGGGCUGGGGCGGUCUCGGCGCCGACGACGUCGGCCUGCCAGAGGGUGUCUACAUGCUCGGCAACGUGCCUCACGACUGGCUCUUCCAGCACGUCUCCGCCGUCGUGCACCAUGGCGGCGCGGGAACCACAGCAGCGGGCAUCAAGGCCGGCAAGCCGACCUUUGUCGUGCCCUUCUUCGGCGACCAGCCGUUUUGGGGGUCCAUGAUUGCGCGCGCAGGGGCCGGCCCCGAACCCAUCCCAUACAAGGACCUGACGGCGGAGAAACUUGCCGAAGCCAUAAAGAUGUGCAUCGAGCCGGAGACGAUGGAGCAGGCCAAGGUUCUGGGUCAGAAGAUUCGGGAGGAAAAGGGAACGGAUGAGGGUGGAUACAGCUUCCACAAGCAUCUUGACAUUGACAAGAUGCGCUGCUCUGUCGCGCCGAGCCGUGCAGCUGCAUGGCGUGUGCGAAGGACCAAGGUGCGACUCAGCCCUCUUGCGGUUGCUGUUCUCGUCGAGCACAAUGUCAUAAAAUACACGGAUCUCAAAUUGUACCGCCCUUGCGAAUUCAACACCGAUGACCAACCCACUGAUCCGGUAUCCGCGGGAGCAGCCGCCAUCAUGUUGUCUAUUGGAACGAUUGGUAUGGCUAUUGCUGAUAUGCCAAGGGACCUGUGGAAAUCGCACAGAAAAUACAAGAAAGACAGCGACAGCAUGUCCAGACCAACAGAAACCUCCAGUCACAUGUCUCAAAGCGACAACCGCCCGUCCAUAUCACGAGAUGCAAAUGCUUCCCAGUCGUCUCUCCAUACACCGCACACACCGCACACGCCGGAUACGCCCCCUGACACUGGUGCCGAUACACCAACAAGGCAGACGGAGCCUCCAGAGGCCGCAUCUCCCAAACAACGGAGCCUUCGCGAGGAGCACAUGUCACCAGGCAUGGCCUUUAGCAUGGAGAGUGCAGUGGGUACCGCGAGGGGUGUCAACAGGAUCAUCGAGGCGGGCGUCAAGUCGCCUAUGAACUUUUGCCUCGGCUUGGCCAAGGGAUUCCGCAACAUGCCGCGCCUCUACAAUGAUGACCUGGUGCGGCCGGUUGAAAAGGUCACAGACCUGUCUUCUGGCAUCAAGGUCGCCGGCAAGGAGCUUGGCUACGGCUUUUUUGACGGUAUCUCUGGCCUGGUCCGCCAGCCCCUGCAUGGUGCGGAAAAGGAUGGCGCUGUUGGCCUCGUCAAGGGCGUUGGUAAGGGCAUCGGUGGCCUGAUCCUGAAACCCGCCGCCGGCAUCUUCGGUCUUCCCGGAUACGCCAUGCAAGGCGUCCAUGCCGAGCUUGGCAAGCACAUGAGCCGCAGCGUGUACAACUACAUCCUCUCGUCCCGCAUCAAGCAGGGUGAGCUGGACUUGUCUCGCUCGUCCGACGGCGAAUGUGAGGACAUCCUGCGUCGCUGGAACACGGUCAAGUUUGAUCUGUCUCGUUUCUACGACCUCAAGCGCAGAAUGGGCAGCACCGAGGGGCCGUUCCCGCCGCCACCGCCGCUGCCCACGGAAGACAGCAGCGACACCGUUUCCAUCAUGGACAAGGGCUUCUCCAAGCCGCGGACAGGCUGGCUCCAGACGCGGCACCUGUCUCCGGCGCAGAGAAAGCGCAUGCAGGAAGAGAAGCAGACGUGGAAGCGCGGCUACGUCGAGUCGCUAGUGCCUGUCACGCCACCCGCUACUGCAAAGGCCGUCGAGAAGGUGAACAAGGCACAGGAAGAGGACGAGGUGGAGCGCGCUAUCCAGGCGUCUGUAAGGGAAACAUCGCAGGGUGUCGUAGAAGAUGACGCUGAAAUCGAGGCUGCUAUUCGUGAGAGUCUGCGUGUCAUGCGUCAGAGCGGCGCUCUACCAGCAACGGGCUGGAUUGACGAGAAGAAUAUUCGCAACGAUGACCCGUCCAUCUUUGAAGACGAAGCGUUCAAGAUUACCGAUGAAGAGUUCCAGGACCUGAUUCAGUUCGCCAUGCGACAGAGCCUGGCGGAAGAGUACGGCUAUCCUACCGAGGAGUUGGGCAUUCCCGGACCGUCCUCCUCUUCCUUCACCGGAACACCGUCGUCGCGACCGAUACUGACUGAAGAGCCUGCGGCGAUGGACGACCUGUACGGCGCCGAAAAAGCACCGGGCUACCGGCGAGAGCUACCCGCUCACGAGUCGCAGCAGAAUCAGCAGCCGGGGGAGCUUCCAGCACAAGACGUGACGGACGAGGAAGAGUUAGAGCUGCAGCGAGCCAUUGCUGCGUCUAAGGAGGAGAUGGAGCGGGCCGAGACGGAACGCAACGAGGAGGACAUUGUGCUGGAGUACAUCAAGAAGCAGAGCCUGGCAGAGGAGGAGUUUAGAAAGCGAAACAAGGGCAAGGGCAUCAGCACGAAUGAGGAUGAGGACGAGGACGAGGAGCUGAAGAGAGCCAUGGAGGAGAGUUUGAAGAUGAGCCGCGGUGGUUGGGGCGAGAGCAGUGGCAUUAGUAGGAGCGGGAGUGGUAGCGGCAGAGGCAGCGGCAGCGGCAGCGGCAGCGGCAGCGGACUGCAUAAAUCCUCUGGAGCAGGGCCUGCGUGA